CCCUGGAUAGAUGCUGGUGUUUCUGUAAAUGAGAGAAUAAUGAUGAUUGGCACUCAAAAUCACCUUUUAUUGUCCCCAAAAAUCCUAACUUUAAACACUCAACUUUACCACACUAUGUAAUUACCAAUGUAGUAGCAGUCAACACCUACAAAUGGGUAACAAACUGGUUUAUGUGUGAAAAUGUGAAAUAAUUCAAUAUAAUUCAAAUCCAAUACAUGAUUAUUCAGAUUAUUUCAGAAAGUUGAUCGGUUAUCUGGUCAUUGAGAUUGAAGCAACACCCUCCUCCCAGUUUGAUUUAAUUUAUGACAUAAAACAGUCAUUUGGAAAAAUGGUACAGUGAAAUAGAAGUUAGCUUGGUGUUUAAAUGGAGCAAUUUCCAUCAUGGAAAUGUAUCUGGAAGUCAGUGAUAACACAAUUUAUUGGACUAACUACAUUAAAACUGUCAGAACUUUGUCUCUUAGCACCACGUUUCAUGGCUCUUUCUAGAAAAAGAUUAGGCGAUAACGAACCAUCAAGAUAAAGCAUUAUCAACACAUUGAAUCUCCACAGACAUUUAACGUGACACACUGUCAACUGGAGCAACACUGGCUUGCUAACAAAACACAUAAAGUAGGUACUGUUAUGUGUAAUCAGAUGAGGGGCGUGGCCUCACGUGUACAAUCAAGGCAUUGACUCAGCACAGGUGAGCUAUUCACGCGCACUGCUGUCAGCUCCAGCUCGAGGGCGCACAAGAGGAGACACAGGUGGCACAGUCACUGUUGUACAAGACCACAAGGACGUUUCUUCGUCUGCGGUUUUAAGUGCUGAAAAUAUAACUGAAAAAUCUGCGGACUUUAUUUUGUUAGAAGGUGCUUUUUUGAUUUUGUGAGCUUCUUUGCUGUCGCCCUGUUUUACUGAAAUGACGUGGAUGGAUGAAUUUUGGAGACUAAAUGCAGUUUUUUUGGUCAUUUUACUCAGCUUUUCUUUUCAAGGUGCCCACUGUGAACUGGUGGUUUCUCCUGUUGUUCCUACUUUGGUGAAGGCUGCAGCUGGCAGCACAGUGACUCUGGCUGUGUCCUUCAGUGGUGCCCCUGACCCAACGGUUACCUGGUUUAAGGAAAAUUUACCUGUUGUCACAUGGACUAUUGACUCCAGUUCUCCCCCAGACAUAGCCCCAAACUACAGGCAGGUGCUGAGGAUGAGGAAAGAUGGAUCCCUUACCUUUGUAAAUGUGACGCGUAACUACACCAGUAACUACACCAUGAAAAUGACCAAGUCUGGAUUGGGUACAGCUGUGACCUAUUUCACUCUGUUAGUCUUUGACAACAUCCAGAAUGUGGAGCUGCACCUGCAGCCGGAUCCUGUCAAAGAGGGAAUUGACGACUUCACCCUGCAAUACGUCAUGUCGCAAGGAGAUGUUGAGCAACAGAUGUGGUUCUUCAAUGCGAAAGAGAUAAAAACAGACUCACGCUACUCGGUGGAGCAAAACAGCCUUGUGGUCCGCAGACCAAAGCGAAGCGACACAGGGCAGUACACAGUGAAACUGGAGAACCCCUUCAGCACUGUGGAAACUGACAUGAAUGUCACUGUGCUGUAUGGACCAGAUGAGCCGAUACUUGAGGCCCGUCCAGAUCGGCCUUUCUAUUUAUCAGGGGACUCUCUGAGUCUCUUCUGCCAGGCUGAAGGACUCCCACAGCCGACCGCUGUGUGGGUCUUCGGUGGUGAGAACCUUUCCCACGAUGGAGUCCUAAAUCUAACAAAUGUACAGACCAGUCAAGGAGGCAAUUACACAUGCAUGGUUCUCAAUGGGCAGACUAAAGAACAGCGCCAGAAGAACAUGACUUUAAAUGUUUACGAGAGGCCGUCGGGCAACCCAGUAUGCUCUGUACAGUCGGUAAAUAGGAACACUGGCCUGCAGUAUCACUGUCUGUGGUGGGGUGGAACCCCACUAGCCUGGCUGUCUUUCCCAGCACUAAGCAAUACCAGCAGUGGAGCAGGGAACUUCAACCUGACAGUCACUACCUCAGAUAACUUAAACAGGAAAACUAUCACAUGUGUGGCAGUCCACCCAGUUGAACAGAAUCAGUGCAACGUUACUGCAAGUAGUCCAGUCGACUUCCUCCCAGCUGUGAGAACCACAUUUGACUUAGGUGAGGGCAAAAUAGUGGUCACUAUCCAAUGUGUCAGUGAGGCCUCACCUGAGGCUGUGGUGUCCUGGUCCAAAGGCAGCGAGGCUGUCAUCAGUGGGUCAACUUACCAGAUCAGCAACAACACCACACAACUUGAGAUUCGUUAUUACAAUGUCAGCAGCUUUCUCCUCCAAAAGUACGCCUGCACCUGCCUAAACCCCCUGGGCAGCCGGAGACGGGAGAUACAGCUGCGAGGACCGUCGAUCUCAGAUUUCAGAUUGUUCCCUAAUCAAGCUCGAACUGUCGUCACGUUAACCUGGGAGGUCCCGCCUGCCUCUGUUGUCACAGGGUUUGAUAUCCAGAUGAAAGGACCCAACCUUCCCAGUGAAAAUCAUAAUGGCAGCCAAAUUAGAGGCAGCUCAAACAAAUAUCGCACCAUUCAGCUGAAACCUGGCUCUGCUCGGAGUGCGGACGUCUUUAACCUUGAUCCUGACUCGACAUACCGGUUUCGGGUCGUCCCCAAAGCUCGUAUAACUGAAGGAAAACCAUCUGAGGUCCAGAUACUUGGUCCAGGUGGAGGGCUGAGUGGUCCUGCCAUUGCUGGCAUUGCAGCUGGAAUCCCCUGCAGCCUUCUCUUCCUGCUCCUGCUCGGUGGCUUCAUCUACCUCUGUGUCUACUGCAACAAGAACAAAAGUAGCCGGCAAACAAGAUAUCCAGUGUCCAGAGCAGUCGAGAAGGCAAUAACAGCCCAACCUGAUUCAACUCCCCAUAACUUGCUGACAGGGGGGCUGAAGUCUCCCCCUGAUUACAACAGAUUACAUCAGACUCCCUCUGAUAGAUCAGUGGCUCUCCCCACAUUUGUCCCUCCACAGCCUGUCAGAGUCGCUACAACGGUCUAAACCAUAACAUUUAUUUUAUAUGUGUAUACUAAUUUUAUGUAACAUUCAUUAUUUUUCUGUUUUAUUUUAAUCUGAAAUUGUCUAUAUUUGUAUUAUUUUAACUGAAACAAGGAUUAAUGUCAUAAACUGGUUUAAAUCUCUA